AUGGCAAGUCUCAAUUUCCACUUUCCACUUCUGUUCAUUCUGCUCAUGAUUUCAUGAGAAAUAAAAGUGACAGAAUCUACACGAAUUUUUACCAUUAUCAACUAUUGCAAAGAGACAAUAUGGCCUGGAAUUACCCCAGGAGAAAGUUUCAAUGGAGGUGGAUUUCCAUUAAAACCAGGCCAAUAUAUUGUGUUAUGGGGUAGAAUCGGCUGCAACUUCGACAAAAACGGCAAUGGUACAUGCCAGACGGCCUGCGGCACGUCCUUAAAGUGUUCAGCUGCAGAUCAAGCCCCUGCAUCACUAGCUGAAUUCACCCUAGCAGCACUGGACUUCUACGAUGUCAGCCUUGUUGAUGGGUUCAAGUUGCCAAUAAGUGUCACACCAAUUCACGGGAAUGGAAACUGCAGCGUUGCUGGUUGUGAUGCUGACUUGAGGAUUAACUGCCCGUCGGAGCUCUCUGUCAAGUCGAAGGGGAAGGCUAUCGCUUGCCGGAGUGCCUGUGAUGUGUUCAAUACCGAUGAGUAUUGUUGCAGAGGAGUUUAUGGGAAUCCUGUAGUGUGUCAGCCUGCUUACUGCUCCAAGAAAUUUAAGGAGUCAUGCCCUAUUGCUUAUAGUUAUGCAUAUGAUGAUCCUACUAGCAUUUUUACUUGCUCUGGUACAGAUUAUGUCAUCAGUUUUUGUUCUUCUAGGGAUCAACAGGUUUGCACAUACCAUAAUAACAAGCUUGUCUGCGGUAGAUCAACAGGAGGAUCUCAAGGAUUAAAAUCAUUUGUUGGGAGAUGGAUGGUUGUGAUGCUUGCAGGGUUGUUAUUGGUUAAUUGGUGAACUGAUAUAUCGUAUUUUUAGGUUUAUUAAGACAGACAUCUUUUGUUUUUGGAUAAUGUUAGAGAAGUAUUUUAUUCUUUGAUAAUUAAGGUUGCCCCUUAAAACUUGUCAAAGAGGAUUGGUUCUUCCCUUUGCAUGAGAAAUGACUCAAAAUGGGGAAACUUGUAAAUAUACAUUUGUUGGUUCUGUUGUUUUUCUUCUA